AUGUCUAACAUUUCAGUCGAUGUGCUUGUUAUCGGUGCAGGCCCGACUGGCUUGGGUGCUGCUAAGAGACUCAACCAGAUCGAUGGACCAUCUUGGUUGAUUGUUGACUCGAACGAGGUCCCAGGAGGUCUGGCCUCGACUGAUGUGACCAAAGAAGGCUUUCUCUACGAUGUCGGCGGCCAUGUCAUUUUCUCUCACUACAAAUAUUUUGACGAUUGCAUCGACGAAGCGCUCCCCAAGGAAGAUGAUUGGUACACACAUCAGAGAAUAUCGUAUGUCCGACUGAAGGGAAGAUGGGUGCCAUAUCCUUUCCAGAACAACAUCUCUAUGUUGGACAAGGAAGACCAAGUGAAAUGCAUGGAUGGACUCAUCGAUGCGGCCUUGGAGGCCAGAGUGGCCAACACUAAACCCAAAGACUUUGACGAGUGGCUGCUGCGCAACCAGGGUGUCGGCAUCUGUGAUCUGUUCAUGCGGCCUUACAAUUUCAAAGUCUGGGCAGUCCCAACCACCAAGAUGCAAUGCGAGUGGCUCGGAGAACGUGUGGCUGCACCUAACCUCAAAGCGGUGACGAAGAAUGUCAUUCUCCAGAAGACUGCUGGCAAUUGGGGUCCCAAUGCGACUUUCCGUUUCCCAGCUCGCGAUGGCACUGGUGGUAUCUGGAUCGCUGUUGCCAACACCCUACCGAAAGAGAAGACACGCUUCGGCAAGAAGAGCACGGUCAAGAAGGUCGACGCAGAUAAGAAACAAGUUCUGCUGGAGGACGGCACUACGAUCCAGUACCAGAGACUGGUGAGCACCAUGGCUGUAGAUGCGCUCGCUGAGGCCAUGCAAGACCAGAAGCUGGUUGACUUGUCAAAGGGCUUGUUCUACAGCAGCACUCACGUCAUUGGCGUGGGCGUUCGUGGCAGCCGUCCCGAGCGGAUAGGCGAUAAAUGCUGGCUGUACUUCCCCGAAGACAACUGCCCGUUCUAUCGAGCCACCAUCUUCUCAAACUAUUCACCGUACAACCAGCCACAGAAGGACGUCAAGCUACCUACUCUACAGCUCGCCAACGGGUCUCGUCGUCAGAGCAUGCAAGCAAAGGAAGGCCCCUACUGGUCGAUCAUGUUGGAAGUGUCGGAGUCCAGCAUGAAGCCUGUCGACCAGGAGAACCUCCUGAAGGACUGUAUUCAGGGACUGGUGAACACCGAAAUGCUACGGCCCGAAGACGAGAUUGUGUCGACGUAUCACCGACGAUUCGACCACGGCUAUCCCACUCCAUCCUUGGAACGUGAGGGUGUACUCAAGGAGUUGCUUCCUGCUCUGCAAGAUAAGGGGAUCUGGAGUCGAGGCCGAUUCGGUUCGUGGCGAUAUGAGGUUGGCAACCAAGAUCACUCUUUCAUGCUCGGGGUGGAGGCGGUCGACAACAUCAUCAACGGUGCGGUGGAGCUCACGCUCAACUACCCCGACUUUGUCAACGGGCGACAGAAUACGGAACGACGACUGGUGGAAGGAGCGCAGAUGUUCGGCAAGCGACCAACUGACAAUGUUGUCGUCGGACGCCGCAUGACAGGAGGAAAGACCGAACUAGGGGGGCGGGUGGAGACAAGCAGCCGGUCUGGCUAA